UUGUAAUAUCAUUCAACGAAGAACACCGUUACAUCAUCAAAUCUUCUUCAGAUCCUGGAAUAGAAUGAGAGUCCCUCAGUUUUUCUUCAAAUGUACACAUGUAGCUAGAAGUUACACAUUACACAGAAGUUUACCAGAUUUUAACAAUAAAGUCAUGGAGGAAACAGCUUCGAGUGGAUCCACAGAUGUGAAAUGUGAUGUGUGCAUCGGGUUGAAGCGCAAAGCAGAACAGGCCUGUCUGGAGUGUGUGUCUUCAUACUGUGAGAUUCAUCUUGACUUGCACAACACGCUGCAUGUCGGAAAGAGGCACAGACUAGUUGAGGCAAAUGAAACGCUGCAGGAGAAAAUCUGCCCUCAUCAUGACAAGCUACAAGAGGUCUACUGUCGUACAGACCAGCAGUGCAUCUGUCACCUGUGUAUUACUGAUAAUCACAGAGGUCAUGAUGUCAUUGCAAUGGAGAAAGAAGUGAUUGAUAAACAGCUUAAGUUGGGAGAGUUGCAGAAGCAAACCACUGAUACAAUCCAAGCAAUGGAGAAAGACGUGCAGGAGCUGAGACAAGCCGUUGAGGUUUUCAGGACCUUAGUUCAGGAGGCACUGAAGAAGAGCGAGAGAAGCUUCACUGUGCUGAUUGAAUCCAUGAAGGACAAUCAGAGAAAAGUGACAGAGCUGAUCCAAGGUCAGACAGAUGCUGCUGAAAGGCAAGCGGAAGAAUUUGCAGAGACAUUACAGCAGGAGAUCAAUAAACUGAAGGACAUAGAUGCUAAACUACAAUACCUGGAGUUACUCUCUCAUUCAAACAAUGACGUCCGAUUUCUUGAGAACACAGUGCAUAUGCCCUCCUUGAACGCAUAUAAAAAAUGUUUCACCCUCCUCGAGCAUCCAUACUGUUCAUUUGAUCGUGCCACUGAAGCAGUCACUGAAUUAAUAACGAAGUUAAAUAUAAUCAGCCAGUGGAGUUUAUUAACCAUCUCUGGAAGAGUGAAAACCACUGGAAUUGUGACAUCACCGCCACCAAAGACACGAGAGGAUUUUUUACAGUAUGCAACAAAACUCACUUUUAAUACCAACACAGCACACACAAGCCUCCGCUUGUCGGAUGAGGACAGGAAGGUGACUGCCUCACAUCCGAACGAGGACUAUUCUGAACACACUGAGAGGUUUGACAGCAGAGCACAAAUUUUGUGCAAUGAAGCCCUCACAGGGUCACCGCAUUAUUGGGAGGCGGAGUUUGGUGGUGGGUGUUGGGUCUGCAUUGCCGUGUCUUACAAAGGGAUCUGUAGGAAAGGAAAGCGAGGACCACUUUUUGGGAGGAAUUCACAUUCAUGGGGACUACGUUGUUAUGAGUUGACAUCUGAGUUCUGGCGUAACAAUAAGGAGAUUGAUUGUAAGGGUCAGUCUCGGUGUUCCAGAAUAGGAGUGUAUUUGCACCACAAUGCUGGGAUUCUAGCAUUUUACAAUGUUUCAGACAACAUGAGUCUUAUUUAUAAGACUCAAACUAUGUUUAGUGAGCCUGUUUAUCCUGGGUUUGGAAUGGGAGGGAAACGAUGCUACCUGAGACUUUGUGAUCAAGUGAAAAGUUAGGAUGUACAGUAUUAUACAAUGGGAUUGGUUGAGAAAUGUUCCACUUGUGUUGAUUAUUUUUUUUGUGGUAACUUUGGUAUAAGCGGAAUAAUUGACGACGGGCCGUUGCAUUAUUCAAAAAUAAUGCACACCCUUACCACCUUGGGUGUGCAUUAUUUUUUGGAAUAAAUCAACAAUCCGUCGUCAUUUAUUCCUUACAUAUUCUAUUCUUCUGAUAUUUUACAUGUGAAUAAAAGCAUGUCAGGUAUUUAAAUACUUUUUUCAGAUUAAAAAGAUUUUCAAAGACAUUAUUUGGCGUUGAAGGAAGGGUGUAGUUUUCACAUGCACACACUUGGUGGCAGCACUACAUUAGUUUUGAUAUCUGUGAUUUUAUAUCUCUAUCUGUAGUUAAGAACAAUGCUUACUGUAGUUAAGACCAAAGGUAUAGUCAGCAAAACUGGAGAAAUAUUCAAUAUGCAGGAUCUCAGUCAAAAAGGUUAGUACAUUUUAUAUCAAUUAUAUACUGUAUAUUUAUUUUGGGUGAUAUAUGAAUUAUUGAACGAUUAUUAAAUAAACAAUUUAAGAUGUU